AUGAAACUUCUGCUGGUAUUAAACUACAUAGACUUCUCUUCUGCGGAUGAGGGUUUACAGACUAACACAUCAUGGAUAGAGUCUGAGGGACAUGGGGUGGUCACCGAGCAGACUCUGGACCCCAGUCUUCACAAAUACCUCAAUGAACUUGACUUGAAUACUUUUAAGGAAGAAAACCUUCUGCCAGUGCCAGGCCAAGCGUCCCACCCAAUUCCCAGUGGGAAACCUAUAAAGAAGGAGGAUCAGUACAAAAAACUGAACCCCACAAAAGAGAACACCACAACAGACAAAAAGGAGAAAAGUCCUGCCACAACAGAACAUCUGAGCACCGACAAAUACACGGGAGAAAUAAUAGACUUAACUAAAAAUGUCACCAAACCCAGCCCUUUGCCAACACCAAGAACUAACAUUUCUUCCACAACGGUGGCAACACCUACCACAGUACAAGUGCAGGAGAACAAGACCAACACAACAUUACAACCUACCUCAUCCAGAGACGUUUACCCAGCAGGUGGGUCAGGAGACAUUGAAGGUCUUAAGAUCGACAAUGAACCGACAAGUAAAAAACCAAAGAAGACACCUGUUCGAGGGUAUCCAGGACCUCAAGGCCGUCCAGGUUGCCCAGGUCGGCCUGGACUUCCUGGUCCUAAAGGAAACAAGGGUGAUCCAGGGCUUAUGGGACGAACAGGGAUGACAGGCAAUCCUGGGCCCCGUGGACCUCCUGGGCUGCCUACAGUAAUGAUUUGGAGCAAUUCCCCGGAGGACUGGGCAGCAUUCUAUCAAACAUCAUUCUAUCAGCUGCUGCACGCAGGCUGGCCUAGAAGUCGAGGACCACCAGGUCUGCCUGGUAUACAUGGAAGACCUGGAACACCGGGAAUCACUGGAACUCCAGGGUGGCCGGGUAUAAAAGGACAGUGCGGUCCUAUGGGGCUUCCAGGAACACCAGGAGUUCAAGGAAUAUCUGGAAUUCCUGGGCAGGAUGGCAAUCCCGGAUUAGAUGGUAAAGUGGGAUCACCCGGAAUACCAGGAGCUAAGGGGCCACAAGGCUUCAAAGGUGAUCAAGGUCCCCUCGGUGAAAAAGGAGAUGAAGGCUUCCAUGGAGCUCCUGGGUUUUGCGGUGAAAAAGGUUACGAAGGAAUAAAGGGAGAGAAGGGAGAGCCAGGUCCUCCAGGACAUGCAGGGUUGCAGGGCUUGAUGGGACUAAAAGGGACCCAUGGAUUUCAAGGGAUUCCAGGACCAUUUGGUGAAGCGGGUGUUCCGGGGCCACAGGGCCCCCCUGGUCCGGAGGGGGAACAGGGCGAGCCAGGAUUUCCAGGAGCCCAAGGGGUGAAUGGGUCCCAGGGGGAUCAAGGCCCAACUGGCGUGAUUGGCCAUCGUGGCCCACGGGGUCCACCAGGAAUAGAAGGAAUUUGUGGCCCUCCCGGGCCUAGAGGACCUCAGGGCAUGAUGGGAGCUGAUGGCCCUCCUGGUUCAAAAGGAGACACGGGUGAAGCCGGUCCCAUAGGUAUCCGAGGGGAAAGAGGCCCAGAAGGUCCUAUGGGAUUAAUUGGAUGGCCCGGUGUAAAUGGACAGCCAGGAGACAAGGGUCGGACAGCUGCAGAUGGAGAAAAGGGAGAUCCAGGGGCUAAAGGAGACAAGGGAGCUCCUGGGCCUCCUGGUACAAAAGGCCCAUCUGGCAUUCAAGGACAGUCUGGCUUUGUAGGGUUUCCUGGGCCCAAAGGACUUUUAGGCCUUCCUGGAGCUAUGGGUGAUGAGGGGCAAAUUGGGCCCUCUGGUCCCAAUGGUGGUGUUGGGCCAAAGGGUUACCGUGGCCCUGAUGGGUCGAAGGGAUUACCAGGACCUCGAGGGAACCGGGGACGAAUGGGACAAAGGGGCCUUGUGGGGAUGCCAGGACCACCGGGUCAUCGUGGUGUUCCAGGUCCGGAGGGUGCAGAAGGACUGCCUGGUAUACAGGGAUCAUCUGGUGCAUCGGGUAUUCCUGGCCCCAGGGGAAUGGCUGGUCCUACAGGUCGAUCAGGAAUGGAUGGGGAACCAGGUCCUCUGGGAGACAAGGGGUUUACUGGAAAACAAGGUCCUGAAGGACAGCAGGGGCAUGUAGGAAUGUAUGGCUUGCCAGGUCCAUCUGGUGAAAGAGGCCGGACCGGACAUCCUGGGGAGAAGGGAGAGAUGGGAACACCUGGAAUUCCAGGGCCACCAGGCAAAGCUGGUCCAAAGGGGCCUCCAGGUCCUCCUGGGGAGAGGGGACCCUCUGGGCCACAGGGUCGUAUGGGUGAGAUGGGUGACAAAGGCUUGCCUGGAUUAUUGGGCCCACCUGGGAAUCCAGGGAGUGAUGGGGAACCGGGAAAAAUUGGGGCCACAGGAGAACCAGGUCCACCAGGAGCCCAAGGAGAAAUCGGUCCUUUAGGUUAUCCAGGUCGAGAAGGGCCAGCAGGACCAGAAGGAUCUCCUGGAGGGAAAGGUGAGAAGGGUGCCAUUGGGCCGGUCGGUGAUCAAGGGGUCAGCGGGCUGGACGGGGAACAGGGUGAACCAGGCUCAAUUGGCAAUGAUGGUCCCUCUGCAAAGAAAGGAGAGCGGGGAGAUGUUGGUGUUCCUGGAAACCUUGGUCCCGCUGGGCCAGUUGGUGACCCCGGAGAAAGAGGAUUACAAGGACUGUUAGGCCCAACAGGAGAGCCAGGGAAAGAGGGGGACAUUGGGGACAUUGGAGAUAUUGGCGACCCUGGACCUCCAGGAGCAAAGGGAGAAUUUGGACCACCUGGAUGUAGUGGAAAUCAUGGGCCCAGUGGCAUUAUGGGAGAGCGUGGAGUAAGAGGCCCAAAGGGAGAAAUGGGUCAAGGAGGGCCCCAGGGUCCACCGGGACUUAUGGGAAUUCCAGGACCCCUGGGGCCACCAGGAGACACGGCAGCAAUAGGAGAUCCAGGACCUUCUGGUCUAGAUGGGCCUCCAGGAAUAAAGGGUGAUUUAGGCCCCAGUGGUGUGACCGGAUAUCCUGGCCCUCGAGGAGGUUUGGGUCCUCCUGGUGUGAGAGGAGAGAAGGGUGAGCAGGGUCACCAUGGAGUCCUGGCUCCACCAGGUCGAACUGGGAGUAAAGGAUCACAAGGUCCUUCAGGGCUCCCUGGCCCGGAAGGACACAAGGGGGAAACAGGAAGUGAAGGCCUAAAAGGGAUCCAGGGACCUCCUGGGGUCACUGGUGAGGCUGGAGCUGUGGGAAUACCAGGAAGAGAAGGGGAAACUGGUGAGAAGGGACGACCUGGAAAACCAGGGGUGCCAGGACAAGUGGGAACUAUGGGAAAUCCAGGCACAGAGGGAAACCCAGGACAAAAAGGAGUGAAGGGGGAGAAAGGGAGAGAUGGACGACCUGGCUCUUCUGGCAGUGUGGGCAGGAAGGGCAAAAGAGGAAAAGCAGGAUCAAGACCACCACGUGGGCCUCAUGGACCCAAGGGAGCCAAAGGAAGACAGGGUCCAGACGGGCCACCAGGACCAAGAGGACCCUAUGGUAUUCCAGGACUCAGGGAACAGAAAGGAGAGCCAGGUCCAAAAGGGCUGAAGGGUGAAGUUGGCUUAGAUGGGCCGUUUGGGCCAAAAGGAGAAGAAGGCCAGAAGGGAAAACAAGGACUUCCCGGGGACAAUGGACCUCCAGGGGAGAAAGGUGACGAGGGAGUUAUUGGGCCUCAAGGACCCCAAGGACUUCCCGGGUCCCAAGGUCUUCCAGGUCCUGAAGGCAUGCAGGGGCCAAAAGGUUUCCAAGGACCUGAAGGAGCUCCAGGCCCUCCUGGACCACCGGGACCCCCAGGAGCACCUGGUCCCCCAGGGCUAGUGCUGAGUGCCCAGAGCCAGAGUAUACGGCGGUUGUUUCCCCAUUUGGCAUCAUGGAAGGACAUUGUUCCAUGGGAUCUCAUCCAUCAUCUGGAAGAAGACCUGAAGCUCUUGGCUGCCCCACCUAAUGGGACCAAGGAAAAUCCAGCGAGCACAUGUAAAGAACUCCAGCUUGUCCACCCUCAACUGCCAGAUGGAUAUUAUUACAUUGACCCUAACCAGGGCAGUCCUCAGGAUUCUUUUCCAGUGUUCUGCAACUUUACUGCCGGUGGUGAGACCUGUGUGCAUCCUCAGGAAAGCCAGAUAUUGGGAAAGGCAUGGCUUCAGAGCUACUCAUUGCAAGAAGGAUUCCAGUGGUUCAGCAUGCUUCCUGGGGGCUUUUCGUUGUUGUACAAUGACAAGAGUGUGGUCCAGCUGCGGUUUCUCAGACUCCAGAGCCUGCGUGUAUACCAAGUACUGCGAUACGUGUGCCUUGCUCAGCCAGGACGACCUACAAGGGACAAGGACGUGAAGUUUUUGACAGACGGACGUGAUCAGAGCUUCCUGGUGACCCUCCAGGGAUGUGAGGCCAGUGAAUCAUUCAACAGGACAGAAACUCUUCUUCAUUUUGCUCCCUUGGACCUAUCCUUACUUCCUGUCCGUGACUUGGCUGUGUAUUUUGAUGGGGACAUGGACCACCAAUAUGGCUUCCUCAUAGGCCCCGUGUGCUUUAGCUGA